AUGGCUCCAGGCUUAAGGAGAAAGAAAAACCUCCGACUUGGUUAUGUUAGGCAUGAUUUGAAUGGAAUUGGGCGUGAGGUGAGAGAAUUAGUUAUGUCUAAACUGACAUUGGGCAUCAAUGGAGUGACAUCAGAUGUAUUGGUUGCGGCGGGCGAACUUAAGAAUGGAAGUCCCUGGAUGGCUCACGUCGGGCAUGGGAGAACCGCGUUGGGCGUGAUAUCAGAUAGGGACUCAAGGAAAAAUGUGCUGGAUGAGUUUGAGUGCCAAACACCACGGAAGCAAGUGGUCAAAGCUCAUGGCACCACCAAAGACAAGGUAGCUCACUUCUUCUCAACCUCUAAUCCACUUGUUUUUCGUUAUAGGUUGGGUCAACAAAUUAAAGAUGUCAGCAAGAGGCUUGACAGGGUUGCAACUGAUAGGCUCAAGUUUGGUCUUCGAACAAAUGAUGUUGACACUCGUGUUGUGCAUACGAGAGAGCUCACACACCCCCGUGUGCCAGAUUUAGAUAUGAUAGGAAGGGAGCAUGAUAAAGAAAAGAUCAUAGAGCUUUUGAUUAAUGAUGGUGACACAAGUCUCUCUGUUAUCCGCGUCGUAAGAAUGGGAGGCUUGGGAAAGACCACACUUGCGCAGUUUGUGUUCAAUGAUAAGAGGACAAAAGAGUGUUUCUCAUUGAAGAUGUGGAUCUGUGUUUCUGAUAAUUUUGAUAUUAAGCAAUUGGUUAUCAAAAUCAUCAGUGUUGCCAAUGAUUCAGCUUCAGUUGAUGCCCCUCCUUGCCAACAGAAUUUAAAUAUAUUUGAUCUGGAGCUACUGCAAAAUCAAUUGAUAAACAAACUUGUUAGUAAAACAUUCUUACUUGUCUCAGAUGACGUGUGGAAUGAAGAUCAUGUUAAAUGGGUUGAGCUAAGGAAUUUAGUACAAGUAGGUGCAACAGGAAGUAAAAUUUUAGUGACUACACGUAGUCAUAAAGUUGGUUCCAUGAUGGGUACCGUUCCCUCUCACAUUUUAAAAGGCCUUUCUCCUAAGGAUUCAUUAUCUUUGUUUGUCAAAUGGGCAUUUAAAGAAGGAGAGGAGAAAAAAUAUCCUCAUUUGAUAAAUAUUGGGAAAGAAAUUGUGAAAAGAUGCAGAAGAGUUCCAUUGGCUAUAAGAAUAUUAGAGAGUUUACUAUUUUUGAAAUUUGGAACAAAUGAGUGGGAAAAUGUGAGAAAUAGUGAAAUUUGGAAUAUUCUAUAGAAAAAAGGUAACAUUUUACCUGCACUUAAAUUAAGUUAUGAUCUCAUGCCUUCCUAUUUAAGGCAAUGUUUUGCAUUGUUUUCCCUUUAUCCAAAGAAUUAUCACUUCAAUAAUUCUGAGGUAAGUUCACUUUUGGGGGCACUUGGACUCCUUGCUUCACUGCAAAAGAAUAUGACACCAGAAGAUCUUCC